AUGGCUGCCGCAUCCUGUAUACCAUAUCCACCGGUUUGCCCAGCGAACGAAGAGUAUAAUGAGUGUGGAACGGCGUGUCCGCAAACCUGCCACCCUACGAAAAUAUUAUGCAUAAAAAAAUGCGUUGAAGGAUGCUUUUGCAAGGAAGGAUAUGUACGGGAUGACAACGGGAGAUGCAUUCCUUUUUGUGAAUGCCCGAGGCCUUGUCCGUGCUCGUAUCCCGUGAAACAUGAAUGUGGUCCCGAUGAGGUAUAUUCCAGCUGCGGUUCUGCCUGCCAGAAGAACUGCAACACUCCUCCAAAUAUGGCUUGCACCCUGCAGUGUGUCGAAGGAUGCUUCUGCCGACCCGGAUACAUCCGUGAGACCGAACAUGGCAGGUGCAUUCCGGAGUGUGAGUGUCCCAACUACUACAAAUGA